GCCAACCUAGGUUCCAUUUCCCCCUUGCAUUCCUUUGUGCGAGAAAGUGCCUGCAGUUAAGGCCAUUGAAUCGAGCAGCGAAAGCGACCAACUGACCACUGCCACCUGCCAACUGCUGCUCCUUCCUGCUUCCAUUCUAUAAAUUCUACGCAGUACAAGCGACCAUCGCACACACAACUCCAAUCGCCAAUUCACUUUCACAAACCACAUCCACAACCACGACCAUCGAUCGCCCAUUCAGUUUUCCCAAACAAAGCCAAGAACAGCGACCAUCGAUCGCCCAUUCCAGGAUCGACAGCUCUGACCUCAAUCGAUCUGCACAACCCCUCACUGCGAUCUGCAUAACUCCCCACUUCCAGACAACAUGAAGGUCUUUGCCGUUCUCGCCACCGGCGCUCUGCUGUUCCUCUCGCAGACGCUCGCUGCGCCUGUGGCCGAUAGCGAGACCGAUAACACCACCAACGGCGGCCAGAAGCCGGGAACCCUCUCGACGGCGGCCAACUGGGGCUCGCCCCAGUGCAAGUCGGCCGCCCUCUACGACCUGUGCACUGCCGCCAAUGCCGGUGCCUACUGCGACGCCACCGGCUUCCACAACAACUUCAUGGAUAGCUGCCACGGCGUCUGCUGGUGCGCGUAAGCAUAGCCCAAGGGAUAUGCUGGAGUAGGAGGAUGUCGGGCUAGGGAAAUCCACGGAGGCCGGGGAACGGAAGCGAUGGAGCGCAAUCCGGGACCUAUCAUCAUCUAAGGAGGGCAAGGGAGGGGAUCGGAAGCAAGAUAACCUUGCCCGAGGAUUUAGGUACAUACAUGGCCCAGUGGCGAAUCUAGCUUUGUGGACAUGGACCUCACUAUUGCUGUCGCGUUGUGCUUUGUUGUUGUUGUUGUUGUUCGCGCUUAACGUCCGGUGUGGGGCCACGCAGUGAGAUGACUGCGGCAUAUGUGAAUGGAUAUGCUGUUACGAGCUGAAUACAGACAAAAAGAGGAGCUCCCCCUCGUACAAUCCAUACAUCGACUCUAAUUGUAGGGCACCUUUGGCGGCGUGCCAGCCACCACCCAUGUUAG